AUCCCUGCCCUUGUGGAGCUUACAAUUUAUUGGAGGGCGGGGUGAAACAGGAAAUAAACACAUAAGCAUGUAAAUAUAGUAUUUUAUGUCAGAUAAGAAGAAAUAAAGCAGGGUAUGGGGAAUAGAGAAGAGCCCUGGUGGCGCAGUGUUUAAAGCACUCAGCUGCUAACUGGAACCCACCAACCGCUCUGUGGAAAAAAGAUGUGGCAAUCUGCUUCUAUAAAGAUUACAACCCUGGAAAUUCUAUGGGGGCAGUUCUACUCUGCCCUAUAGGGUUGCUAUGAGUCAGAAUUGACCCAGCGGCAACAGGUUUGGUCUUGGUUUGAUGGCGGAUAGAGAGUGCCAAGGGUGGGAAGUGUUGCAGUUUUAUCAAGGGUGGUCAGGGAAGGGCCUUGCUGAGAAGGUGGCAUUUGAGCAGAGGUGGAGGAGUGAGCUGGAGAAUAGAUGGAUCAUAACAGGGUUGGACUGGAAAGUUAUUCUGGGCCCUUCUACCUCUUAUAAUCUAUAUUCUAGAGGCAAUACCACUUUAUGCUAAAGUCUUGAAUUAUCUGAGCUGGUGGGCCUUUGAGUGACCACCUUGCCGCUUCUCACCUGCUCACCUUGGUUCCUCCUAUCCUUUUCUAGAGUGGUUGGCAUGCUGCGCUUCCUGGUGCCCCGGCUGCCUUGCCUUCACGUCAGGACCACCCCGUACUCCUCGGCAGCAGCACUCCCAAGCCCCAUCCUGAACCCAGACAUUCACUACAACCAGCUGUUCAUCAGCAACGAGUGGCAAGAUGCUGUCAGCAAGAAGACCUUCCUGACAGUCAGCCCCACCACUGGAGAGGUCAUCAAGCAUGUGGCUAAAGGGGAUCAGGCACUGGAGACCUUGGACAAUGGAAAGCGCUUCCAAGAGUCUUAUGUCUUAGACCUGGAUGAGGUCAUCAAGGUUGCCAGCUGAGCUGACAAGUGGCAUGGCAAGACCAUCGCCAUGGAUGGUGAGCACUUCUGCUUCACUUAGCAGGAGCCUGUCGGUGUCUGUGGCCAGAUAAUCCCGUGGAAUUUCCCCUUGGUCAUGCAGGGCUGGAAGCUCGCCCCAGCAUUCGCUACAGGCAACACUGUGCUCAUGAAGGUUGCAGAGUAAACCCCCCUUUCUGCCCUGUACUUGGCCUCUCUCAUCAAGGAGGCGGGCUUUCCCCAUGGAGUGGUGAACAUCAUCACAGGCUACAGCCCAACGGCAGGAGCAGCCAUUGCCCACCACAUGGAUAUUGACAAAGUUGCCUUCACCAGCUCCACAGAAGUGGGCCACCUGAUCCAGAAGGCAGCCAAUAAUUCCAAGCUCAAGAGAGUCACCAUGGAGCUGGGUGGGAACAGCCCCAGCAUUGUGUUGGCCGAUGCUGACAUGGGCCAUGCCAUGGAGCAGUGCCAUGAAGCCCUCUUCUUCAACAUGGGCCAGUGCUGCUGUGUUGGUUCCCGGACCUUGGUUGAAGAAUCCAUCUAUGAAGAGUUUCUCGAAAGAACCAUGGAGAAAGCCAAGCAGAGGAAAGUUGGGAACCCCUUUGAGCUGGAUACCUAGCAGGGGCCCCAGAUGGACAAGGAGCAGUUUGAACAAAUCCUGAGCUACAUCCAGGUUGGCCAGAAAGAAGGUGCAAAACUUCUCUGUGGCGGGCAGGGUUUUGGGGAGCAUGGUUUCUUCAUCAAGCCCACAGUCUUUGGUGAUGUGCAGGAUGACAUGAAAAUCACAAAGGAGGAGAUCUUUGGGCCUGUGCAGCCCCUGUUCAAGUUCAAGAAGAUUGAGGAGGUGAUUGAGAGGGCCAACAACACCAGGUAUGGCUUGGCUGCUGCCGUGUUCACCCAGGACCUGGACAAGGCCAGGUACUUCACCCAGGCACUCCAGGCUGGGACAGUGUGGGUGAACACCUAUAACAUCGUCAUCUGCCACACACCAUUUGGGGGUUUCAGGGGAUCUGGCAGUGGAAGGGAGCUGGGGAAGGAUGGACUUAAGGGUUACACGGAGGCGAAAAAAGUCACUAUCAAGGGUCCUAAGAAGAACUCAUAAGAAUGGCCACCAUGAGACCAACUCCAGUCCACAGAUUCCACAGUCACCUAGACGAGUG